AUGUCAGUGGAUGUCUGGGCGGACGAAGUUGGAGAAGAAUUUGAUCCACUUCCCCUCGAAACUUUCACCGACGAAAAUGGUAUUAAAACUGUUGUCGAAUAUAAAACUAACGACGACGGAAAAAAAGUAAAGAAAUGGUCAAAAUUUGGCGAAGAACGUGGUAAAAAAGUUGGACCUGAUCUUAGCACUACAAGCAUCGGUGAACAGGUAUUCUUGAAGCUUUCAACUAAUGGCAAGCAUGCUGAUAAGGAUGAGGAUCUUGGAGCAAGUAAAAAGAAGCACAAACAAAUUCUUUGUCGUUUAUGUAAAGGUGAUCACUUUACCACUAAAUGUCCAUAUAAGGAUACGCUCCCGCCUUUAGAUGAGAUUAGUAAUACCAUCCCGGAUGCGUCAAAAGAAUCUGAGACUUUCGCCGAGUUAUUAAAUUAUUUGUUUUGCUCAUCAGCACCAGCAGCAGAGCCAACGCAACCUGAUGCAACUGGUGGUGGAAAAUAUAUCCCACCAAGUUUACGAGCAGGAGCAACUAAAGGUAGCUCGGACACAUUUAAAGAACGUAAAGACGAUGCCACCAUUCGUGUUACAAAUCUAUCUGAAGAUACUACUGAAGGUGAUAUACAUGACCUCUUUCGUCGAUUUGGUGGUAUUUCUCGAGUUUAUCUUGCUCGUGAUCGAGAAACAAAUGUUUGUAAAGGGUUUGCCUUUGUCAGUUUUCAAAUGCGUGAAGAUGCAGCCAAAGCGUUGCAGGCUAUUAACGGCUAUGGUUAUGACAAUUUGAUUCUUCGUGUUGAAUGGGCCAAGUAA